AUGCUGAUGGAAAGUUUGGAACCGAUUUUGCGCCCUGCAGAUUAUAUAGGUUCGUUUCUUGUUUCUGGUAAAGAUCAUCACGAAAGAGCUGAAAUAGUGCGUCAAAAGUUGGAAGCGGCUCGUAAAUAUACCCACAGUAAACCAAUUAUCUUGCUGAUAUCUUUAAGUGGAGUUAAAGUUUGUCAUGAAAAUAAGGAGCGCGUUUAUAUGGCUCAUGCACUUCGACGAAUUUCGUAUGCUACCUGUGACCCAGAAAAUCUUCAGUUUGCCUUCCUUGCCAGGGAACCAAAAGCACAACCGAAUGUCCAAUAUUGUCAUGCAUUCGUCACUAUAACACCUGAAGCAGCUGAGGAACUGAAUACCAUAAUGGGAGAGGUUUUUCGCUUAGCGUAUGCCCAGCAACGUCUUAAUACAGUAUCUAACAAUCCUGUUUUGUUUCACCAGUUUGGUAAGCAUAUACCAGUUUGUCAGGUUCAGCAAGCUCCCGUAACUGUCACAUGUUCUGUUUCUGCUAACCAGGAUAACUCAGUGAGCACAAAAUCUUCAAGUCAAGCUGUUUACUCUGUCAACUUAAAUCCGACCAAUCAAAUAUCCAUGCCUAGCAAACUUCUCCCACCUUUACCAGAAGCUGAUCAUUGUGCAGCAAGUAACCAGACACCUGUUUCUGUCCAGUUUGAAGUGAACAAUGUUCCAUCAAGUGAAGUUUGUGCUGUCGGUGAUAGACAGAGAGGAAGUAAACCUCAUAAACAUAAACAUCACAAGCAUCAUCAUCGUCAUAAAUUACGAGAUGCAACAACAAGUACGUGUGAACAACUUUUAGGUUCGAGCGACUCUGUUGACCCUACUAUUAAAGUUAAUGAAUUGGAAGGACUCAUAAUGAAAAGUGAACAGAUAAAGCCACCUCCCCCACCACCGCGUUCUCAUUCAUCAGUAACUUCAUCUACGCAGCUCUCAACUAAGAAUAUCACAUCUACCCCAGCUGCAAAUCACCAAAGCCCAAUUUUAAAGCAUCAUGAAAAAUUACACGAAAUGGAAGUAAAUAAAACCCUACAUGAAAUGACUGAAGAUCCUACUGAGGUUUUACUGUCAAGACCUAAAUCUACGACAUCUGCACUGGCACAACACUUCUACGAUAUGGCUGAUCAUCGCAGCUGUGGUGGUAUCGCUCCUAACAAAGAAACUCCUAUUCCAGAAAAAGAUAUUCAAGAAAGUAACACUGAAUUUAUCAAUGAUAGUGCUCCAGCCAAUACGUCUACAGCAACAACGACGUCAUCAUCAACUACUGGGUGCUCAACCGCUACAUCUGGCUCUGGUCAUCCUGACUCGAGUUCUGAUAAUAGUUUACCGAUUAGCAAACGUUGUACAUGCACUCCAGGUUGCACCAGUGGUGAACAUACGUGCGUAAUAUUUGAUAAUAAUCCGCAUCCUGCAGAUUCGAAUCAGUUGCUGAAACCCACUGAACAGCACCUUCCCGUUCCUCCCACAUCUCCUUGCUCCACUCCAAACGUCCCUACACAAAAUGUUCCAGAUGAUAUAAAUGAGUUGUCGCAUGCUCCUUGGUAUCUUCCAGAUUUACCACGUGAAAAGGCUUUGGAAAUGCUUGCCAAACAACCUCCUGGAAGUUUUGUUGUCCGAGAUAGCGGAAGUCAUCCGAAUAGUUUUGCGUUAUCAGUACGUUCUAGUAAUGGACAAGUAGCUGGUGGCUGUUUCCAUUCUAGACAACCACAUAUGCCAGGAAGUCGAAUCAAAGAUACAUCCUCCCAGUUGACAUCAGUUUAUCCAUCUUCUGCAAGUGGAAUAACUCACUUUCUUAUCCAGAAGACAUCUGGAGGUGGUGUGAAACUCAAAGGAUUAGAUAAAGAAUGGCCGUCACUUGCUUGUCUUGUUUUACACUUAACUGUAAUGCCUGAAAUGCUCCCUUGCCCACUUCGACUUCCAAGAGCUGCAGCAAAUCCCACCUUUUCGCCUACUGACCAUUGUGUUGGUCACAAUGACUUUGAGAAACCGCCUAAUAUUACUCCGUCACAAUUUCGUCCAAUGUGCAAUGCCUUACAACGUGUAACAGAUACAAUUUCACUAGAUGAAGCUUUAGCUCGUCUAACAGAUGAAGACGAAGAUUAUCAACGUUUAUCUGAUUUCUCUUCCAUUAUGGCUGAUUUAAAAUUACAGCCUAGAAAUGUGAAUAGAAAACAUAAAGUUUCAUCUAAAUCCGGUGGCCGUGGUAGAUAA